UCCGUGGUUACCUGAACGCACCAUGACACUGGCAGCUAGCCUAGCCGGCUAACUUGGCUAAUCUGAUUUAUCGUCUCGGUUAAGCGCACGUAACGUUAGCCAGGAUUACCAUAUUUAGUUUUCCCAUAUCUGGAGUUCAACGUAAUAUCUGCCUGACACCAAAUACACACUAAUUGUCCAGAAUGGCAUCGCUUGGGGAGCCCGUGCGGUUGGAAAGAGAUAUUAACCGUGCUGUUGAACUGCUCGAUAAGCUCCAGAGGACAGGAGAAGUGCCUCCCCAGAAGCUGCAGGCGCUGCAGAGGGUCCUACAGAGUGAAUUCUGUAACGCUGUCAGAGAGGUUUAUGAACAUGUGUAUGAAACUGUGGACAUCAACAGCAGUCCUGAGGUCAGGGCCAACGCCACAGCGAAGGCUACUGUGGCAGCUUUUGCAGCAAGUGAGGGACACUCACAUCCACGUGUCGUAGAACUGCCCAAGACAGAAGAAGGCCUGGGUUUUAAUAUAAUGGGUGGAAAGGAACAAAACUCGCCUAUAUACAUCUCACGGAUCAUCCCAGGAGGCAUCGCUGACCGACAUGGAGGCCUGAAGAGAGGCGACCAGCUGCUCUCCGUUAAUGGGGUGAGUGUGGAAGGUGAGCACCACGAGAAAGCUGUGGAGCUCCUCAAAGCAGCUCAGGGCACAGUGAAGCUGGUAGUAAGGUACACCCCCAAAGUCCUCGAGGAGAUGGAGUCACGCUUUGAGAAAAUGAGGUCGGCGAAGCGCCGGCAACAGAACAACUACCCCCAGUAGGAUUUUUCUGUAUUGAUGCCCAGCUCCCAUGUCUCUCCUCCUCUAGCCUUCUGGCCAUAUGUUCUGGUCUCUUUCUUAUCUCCCUGCCCCCAAAAAAAACAAACAAACACAGCUUUAGUUUUAGUUCCCACUCACACAUGCUGUUUAUUGUGCUUCUACCCUUUUCUGUAGCAUUUUUAAUAUUCGCCAUUGUUAAACGGGACACUACAACUCUAGACAAACACUAUGAUGAUCAUGAUUGUCGGUGUAGUCGGUCGCUCACACGUGUGCAUUAUUUUUGAAUUGACAAUUUGAAUGCGACUCUGAGUGCUUUUGAGACCAACUACACGAUUCCUUUGACUGGAAAGGUAGUGUUUUUAAUUGUUUUAUCACAACCACUACCAAGUGCCUCAGGGCAAACACGUUUAUCUUAUGUACUCUGUUCACCAUUAUAUUUUUCUUUUUAACAGUUUUGAGUCAAGUACAGGUAAUUAAAUGCUUGUGGCAGGAACUA